UCUUUGUCUUUGUCGUUGUCAUUGUCAUUGCCGUAGCCAUAACCAUCCGCGACCUCGUUAAAGGUCAGAUCAUUCGUGUUUUUGUUAAUCACGGGAGGACGACACGAACCUAAUCGUAAACGACUUGAAAAGAAGGCCGCGAGUGCGGUAGUGUGGCCAACAACGCCCCGCGACUCCCGAGUUAUAUUUGCACCUUCGAGCAUGACGUCAUGGAGUCUCGUCGCAUCCUGAGUUAUCAACGGGACCAGGGAGAGAUGAGUCGAAAGUGUGAAUAGUUUUUGCUAUUUAAGUAAUUAAGAUAUGCCACAAGUUAAUAUAACAUCUUCGGGAAUGGAACGCAGUAUUCAUGAAAUGUUAAAAGAUGCCCCAUCGCUUAACGAAAGUGAUAAUGCAGUACACUCUGGAACACCUCCGCCACACAUGCCCAAUAAUAAUCGAGCAAAAGAGAACCAAUCGGCAACAAGACCAGCCACAAUGAACUUAAGUCUUGGCAUGUACACAUCUCAGUCGUUAACAACAACACCAAAUUCACCUGUCCAGAAUGGAGAUGCAGCAAUACGUGCCGCGCAAAGUAAAAUAGAAACAAUCAAAAACUGGAGUAUUUCUACUUAUAAAUGUACUAAACAACGUGUUUAUGAAACAUUUGGAAAAUCUUCUCGUACUAUAGACUCAGAGCUAGAAACUCAAAUAGAAUUAUUACGUGAUACCCAAAGGAAAUAUUGCAAUCUAUUAAGAUUAUCCAGGGCUCUGGCAUCCCACUUUCAUCAUGUAGUUCAGACGCAACAUUCGUUGGGCGAGGCAUUUUCCGAAUUGGCUCAAAAAUCACCAGAGCUGCAAGAAGAAUUUUUGUAUAAUGCCGAAACGCAAAGAAAUUUGACCAAAAAUGGCGAGACACUCUUAGGGGCCUUAAACUUCUUUGUCUCAUCCGUUAAUACACUUUGCAACAAAACAAUUGAGGAUACUUUGCUCACUGUUCGACAAUAUGAAACUGCUAGAAUAGAAUAUGAUGCGUACAGAACAGAUUUAGAGGCUUUAGCACAGGCUGCUAAAACUGAUGGAAAUAACGUUGCUAAAUUAGAGGAAGCACAACAAAAUUAUGACUUACAUAAGCAAAAUUUUGAAAAAUUACGUGCUGAUGUUUCAAUAAAACUUAAAUUUUUAGAUGAAAAUAGAAUCAAAGUAAUGCACAAGCAGCUUCUACUAUUCCACAAUGCAGUGUCAGCAUAUUUCUCUGGAAAUCAAACAGCAUUAGAAGCAACACUUAAGCAAUUUAACAUAAAAGUUAAAUCCCCAAAUUCAUCAUUGCCUUCUUGGCUUGAACAGUAAUUUAUAGAAAAAUUCGUUCCACUAAUUUGGUACAUUCCUAUGAUACUUCUGAAUAAAAUCAUAUUUCUAAAUAUGUACAUCUUAAAGAGAAAAAGACCGAGACAAAUAAAGUCGUUGAUAUUCAUUGGAUAUGAGAAAUUAAGAAUGAAAGAGGAGAGAGCUUGAAAAAUAUUGAAAGAAAAAAUUGAGAGAGCAAG